AUGCCGAACAGCACUGCCUCCCCCAUGAAGCGUCCCGGCUUAGGGCGCCGCGCUAUCUCCUCCCACGCCGUCGUCACCCGCUCUUCUUCCUCCAUCGCUCCUCACGCCGAUCUGUCCGGCUCGCACUCGUCCUCCUCCCAGAAACUCGCCCUGCGUCCUCACCAUCACUAUCCCCGAAACCAUGUGGUCGGUGGCCAUCGUCAUCAUAACCGGAAUCCCUCCUUCGGCAAGAAUCUAGCCAAACUUCAGCGCCAUCUCUCCGCCCACCAGAUCGCUCAAGAACCCCACACGGGCGCCCGGCAACAUCAGCGCAAGAAGUCCGCCCCCGUCACCCCCGCCGCCAGUCCCCGCGCGCAUAAUAAUAAUCACCACGUCCGCUGGGAGGGCGUGUUGGAUGAUUCGCCUGAUCCCGUUCACACCCCCAUCAAGAAGAACAACUCCAGUCCCGUCUUGCGACGACGGCAUUCCUCCCACGCGAAGGCGACCGUCGUUACCACCUCCGACCGCCCUCAGACCGACAAGAAGAAGUCCGUCGGCUUCGAAUUGGGCGACGACUCCGAUAACGAGGACGGCGAGUGGGAAGACACCACCCAGUCGCCGGAAAGCACCCGUCGCAGCUCCGUCGUAGCUCAGUCCAAGGACAGCGUCGAGAAUAACCAACCCGUCAUCGUCGACCCGCUCACCUUCGUCAAGCGGCCUGUCCCGCAGUUCGCCCGCGCCGCCAGCCUUCCUGAAUCCGUCAACAAGAGCUUCGACCAGCGGACCCACGACGGUGAGCAGCCGACCCCGUCGCGCGAAGAACACGAUCACGACGACGGCGACGACGACCACCACCACGGCGACGACGAAGCAGAGCACCCGCCGGACCACCCCGCCAUCACCUCCCGUCUACUAACCCCCUCGCUCGCCGCCAAAGCUCCGCCCGCCAUGUCGUCCAUCUCCGCGACCGCCAAGCCGGCCGUCGUCGACGCCCUGGCGCGGAAAACAUCAAUGUCGACUCUCAACGCCGGCGCCGACGGCCGCCGGCCCACCUCGUCCUCCCAUGCCACCACACCCGCCGGCCACGCCUCCGGUCCCACCCAGGCCACCUCCUCGUCCAUUGAAGGCGGCGUGUCUCGCUUUAUCAUGGACGGCAAGGCCGUCGCCCCAGGCUCGUUCCGUACCGACUCCGAACCCAACACCCCGUCGUCUUUCCUCCCACAUUACCACCCGCAGACGCCGCCUUCUCCCCACCAGAGCAGCUCGGCCGCCGCCCGGCGACGCGCGUCCCCGCCGCCCCGGUCGCGUGGCGUGGAGCCGCCAUCGCGCACGCAGCAAAAGCUCUGGCUACAGCGGACGGCCACCCUCAACACCUCGCCCCCAGACAGCCACGGCACCUCUGCCACCGCAUCCCCGGCCGCCCUCGAUCCCAGCCACAGCCGGCCCGGCACCGCACCGUUCGAGGCAAGUCGGGGGAUUGUCAACGGCGCGCCUCGCCCCGGCACGGGGUCCAUCCCAGACAGCGAGGCGAAACACAUCCGCAAGGCAUACGAGAAGACAGCCAUGGAGCUAACCGUGGUGCGGCGAUUCCAGUCUCCGACAGCCGACAGCUUCCAGCGGCUCGCCGUCCUCCUCACCGACCUCCAACUGCCGCGGUCUCCUGCUUUGGGUCCAUCAGUCCAGUCCGCCCCGACCCUACCGCAGGACGGGCAAGCGCCUCGGGGGCGUCCCGGCGCGCGACCAGAAUCGCGUCAGUUUCUGGGUAAGCGGGCGAACGACGUCUCGCAGGCUUAUCUGGACGAAGCCGCCAGUGACACGGCCCCGUUGCGCAAAUCGACCUCCUUGCAUCCAUCGCACCGUCUGUCGACCUCCGCCGAGGGAGAACCCAGUAUAGGACAGGACGAGGACGCGGAAUCUUCUCUCCUCCCAAGCGAAUCGGAGAUGCUAAUGCGACGAAUGUGGGAGAGUCGCGAGGUAGCAACGUCUGGAUAA